AUGUUUGGCCUCUACUCCGGCGACGUCAAAUCAUCCUUAGGUUAUGAUCAAACAACUCUCAAUUUGGUCAGCUUCUUCAAGGACUUAGGUUUCAACCUCGGAAUCAUAUCAGGACUAAUAAGCGAAGUCGCACCACCAUGGAUGGUUCUCUUGAUCGGCGCAGUCAUGAACUUUUCCGGCUACUUCAUGAUAUGGCUCUCCGUUACCGGACACAUAGCCAAACCUCACGUAUGGCAGAUGUGCUUGUACAUAUGGAUUGGCGCGGAUUCGCAAGCUUUUGCUAACACAGGCUGUCUCAUUACCUGCGUUAAGAACUUCCCGGAUUGCCGGGGAAUUGUUUUAGGCCUCUUGAAGGGUUUUGUAGGGCUAAGUGGAGCCAUCAUAACACAAAUAUACCAUGCUUUGUAUGGACACAAUUCUAAGUCUCUUAUUCUACUCAUAGUGUUAAAAAAUCGAACAUAUAUCGCAAUGGCUGAGCUCAGUGGAGGUGGUGGUCGUUGGACAGAUAUGAAGGGCUUCGGCUCAUAUGUGCUCACUGGCCGAUGGUUCACCAUCUUCGGCUCAAUCCUGAUCAUGUCCGUUAACGGCGCCACCUACAUGUUCGGCCUCUACUCUGGCGACAUCAAAUCAUCCUUAGGUUAUGAUCAAACAACCCUCAAUUUGGUCAGCUUCUACAAGGACUUGGGUGGCAACCUCGGAAUCAUAUCAGGACUAAUCAGCGAAGUCACACCGCCGUGGGUGGUUCUCCUCAUCGGCGCGGUCAUGAACUUUUCCGGGUACUUCAUGAUUUGGCUCUGUGUCACCGGACACAUAGCCAAACCUCAGGUAUGGCAAAUGUGCUUAUACAUAUGGAUUGGCGCGGAUUCGCAAGCUUUUGCCAACACAGGCUCUCUCAUUACAUGUGUUAAGAACUUCCCAGAUUGCCGGGGAAUUGUUUUAGGUCUCUUGAAGGGUUUUGUAGGGCUAAGUGGAGCCAUCAUAACACAAAUAUACCAUGCUUUGUAUGGAAACAAUUCUAAGUCACUUAUUCUUCUCAUAGGUUGGCUUCCUAGUCUUGUUUCAAUCUUGUUUCUUCAAACAAUUCGGGUUAUUAAGGUCACUCCACACUCGAAUCAGCUCAAUAUUUUCUAUAAUCUCUUGUAUAUAUCGCUUGGCCUCGCCAGUUUUCUAAUGAUCAUAAUUAUCAUGCAAAAUAGUCUCACUUUUUCUAGGGUUGAGUAUAGUGGAAGUGCUUUUGUUGUGCUUAUACUACUCUUUGUCCCGCUCUUUGUUGUUAUCAAAGAAGAGUUCAUUGUGUGGAAGAGCAAAAAACAAGUGGUAAAUGAUUCAAAUAAUUGUGAACUAAAAGUUGUCACUGAAAAUCCAAGUGCAGUACAAGUAGCACAGCCAGAGCCGCCACUGCCACCACCACCAACGCCGCCGCCGCCGCCCGAAGCUCCAAUAAGCUCAAAAAAGUGCUUUGGUUGCACGAGCAACAUGUUCAAGCCACCAGAGAGAGGGGAGGACUAUAGCAUUUUGCAAGCUCUCGUCAGCAUAGACAUGAUAGUUCUCUUCAUAGUGACCUCGUGUGGCAUCGGAGGGACAUUGACAGCAAUCGACAAUUUGGGUCAGAUUGGCAAGGCUAGAGGCUAUCCGAGUAGUAGUAUAGCCACAUUUGUAUCACUCGUGAGCAUAUGGAACUAUCUCGGACGAGUCAUGGCCGGUUUUGCCUCCGAUAUCUUCUUGGCAAAGUACAACUUCUCUAGACCCCUAAUGCUCACAUUUGUGCUUCUUUUCUCUUGUGUUGGCCAUCUUCUCAUUGCUUUCACCAUCCCAAAUGGACUCUACUUGGCUUCGGUGAUUAUAGGGUUUUGUUUCGGAGCUCAAUGGCCUUUAAUUUUCGCAAUCAUAUCAGAUAUAUUUGGCCUAAAGUACUACUCUACAUUGUAUUAUUUUGGGGCUGUGGCAAGCCCAGUUGGCGCUUAUAUUCUGAAUGUGAAAGUGGCUGGUCAUCUCUAUGAUAAAGAGGCAUUGAAGCAAAUGAAAGCGAAGGGGCUUAAGAGGAAAACCGGGGAGGACUUGGUGUGCACCGGCGAGGAGUGUUACAGACUAUCUUUCAUUGUGAUUGCGGUGACGACAUUGGUGGCGUGCAUUGUUUUGUUUAUUUUGGUGGUUCGAACAAGAAAGUUUUACAAAGGUGAUAUAUAUAGGAAAUUCAGAAUGGAUGCUAAGGCAGUGGAGACGUCUGACAUGGCUUCAGCCACCACCACCACCAAGGACGGCCAAUCUUGAUUGAUGGAUGGUCAAUGAGAAACUGUUAGUUAUAAUUUGAAAUUUACCAUCAUUCUAAAUAACUGUAGUAACUGUUAAUAUAUGUUUAAUGCAUGCAAGUUAAUUUGAUUAACUGGUUUUUGUUUUUUUUUUUACAAGAAGGACUUUUUACCGCGUGACACUUGCGUUGUAAAUAAUAGCCUGACCUACAU